AUGGCCAUUCCAAUGUUGAACAUGCCCAACAAGAUCAAGGGGGGCAGAUGGACUGUUGCGCGAUUCUUCCUUGUGAGCACCGCUUACACGUCCGCCUGGUUGGCCGUCUCCUCCCAGCUGGACUACUUCAAGGACUUGUAUGGACCUCAAAUCUUGCUGCAGCUCAACAUUGCAUACUACCUGCCCACAGUCCCCCUCCUCCUCCUCUCCUCCUUGCUUGAUCGGCACCUGGACCGAAAACUGGGCGUGGCACGGAACAUAUUGCUGCGGCUGCUGCUGGGCCUGGUGGGCUAUGGCCUGCUCGCCGCCUGGUUCCCCUUCCAGCCCACAGACCUCAGCGUCCUCAUCAUCACCGUGGUGGCCCUGGGCCUCUUCUCCGGCCUGGCCUUCUCCGCCUCCUACCAGCUGGUGUCCCGCUUUGCCAACAAGAAUGUCAUCGCGCUGGGCAUGGGCUGCACCGCCGCCGGUCCCCUGGUGCUGGCCCUGGAGCUCUGCGCUGGCAUCGGGCCCCACGCCUCCCACGCCGACAUGGUCCUGCUCUACGGCGCGGUGGCCCUGAUCGUGGCCGCCGGCGCGGCGGCUGCCGCCUCGCUCGUCGGCGCCGGCCGCGAGGUCCUGCACGCCAUCCGCCUGCCGCUGACCGCGCACUUUGUCUCCAGCACCAUCUCGCUCACCGUCUUCCCCUUCUUCACCUAUGUGCCCUCCUCGGGCCUGCUGGGGGAGUCCUUCCCCAGGAUCCUCUUCUUUGCCCGCGUCUUUGCCGACAUCGCGGGGCGCCUGGCCCCGCGCUCCCGCUUCGCCACGCCCUCCUCACCUCGCGCCCUGCUAGGGGUUGCGCUCUUCAAGCUCGCCUUGGUUCCCAUCUUCUUCGCAUACCUCAAGGCCCCCCCUGCCUGGCGCAGCGACGUCGGCGCGCUGCUCCUCGUGUGCGUCCUUUGGCUGCUGGGCGGCUGGUCCAACACCAGCGUCAACCUCCUGGCCCCGCGCCUCGUCCUCCCCGAGCUCAAGGGCACGGCCGCGGCCUACAUGGCCAUCGCCUACCAGACUGCGCACUUCCUGGGGCUGGCCGUCGCGGUGUGCCUGGCCCUCCUCCUGUACGGCGACACCACCGGCCGUCGGCCCCACUGA